AUGGCGACCACCGCAAGCCCCGACGUCGUCGAUGGCCCUGUGAUGAGCCUAAUCAACAAGCGCAUCUGCGCCUUCCGCAAGAAGAUGAAUCGCAUCGUUGCCAUGGAAGAGUCCCUCUCCCUGGGAAAAACCUUGAACAAGGAGCAGGAAGAGUUUCUACGAACCAAACCCUCCAUUCUCGCCCUCAUCGACGAGUUCGAGAAGUUUCGUCAACCCCUCGCCUCUGCGGUAGCCGAGGAACUCCAGGGAACGACGCCGAACGCGCGAAGCGCUGAAGCCCCAACCCAAACCCUAGCCGAAAGCUCUGGCUCGUUCGAGCAGCCGCCGCCGCAGCACUCAGGGGAGGACGUUGUCGUGGAGGACCUCCUCAACCUGCUCUACUAG